CAAAAAGAUAUAUCGAUCCAACGGUCGGAUUAGAAAUCCGGCGUAACAAUCACGUGACUGGCUGUGUUUAAAAGAUCACGACCGCUGGAAAGGAAGGGAACGGCCUCGGAGGGAUGGAGUCGUCGAGAGUCUCGACGGUCGGCGGUGGGUAUCAUGUGCCGCCGGCUUGACGUAGGGGGGAAGCGGAGACGUAUCUUCCGAUCGAGGAGAAGAACCACAAGUCGGUCGGUUAUUUUUAGUUUUGGCGCCACGCCUCUCUCUCUCUCUCUCUCUCUCUCUCUCUCUCUCUCUGGGAUUUAUAAGGAGAGUCGGAGGAUCAGGGCGAACGAGAUUAGAUCGGAAUUGAAGAUAUAGGUUAGGGUUGUGCAAGAUCCCGUCGAGUGAUGCGUGGAUUUAGUUGAUUUGGUACCGUUAUUUGGGGAUUCGGAGAUAAGGAGGUGAUUAGAAGGGGGAUUUGAAAAGGAAUCAGAGUAGAAGGGGAGAAUUUGGAGAUAUCCAAGGUAUUUAGUCCUGGGUGCUGUAGAUCUUGGAGGGGUAUCGUAGUUUUCUGAAAUUUUGGGAGUUGAGAUUUUCUAGCUGAAACUAUUGGAAGAUUCUGGAAUAAGUGAGCUAAUCUGUUGAAUCUCCCUGGAACGAGGGGAAUUGUAGGACAUCAGUAGGAGAAGUUGGGCGUCCACGAGUGCAGAUCACACAAGUUAUUGUUUAUAUUCCAAAUUUUAGGGAAAAUGGCUAUAUUGGUUGAUCCUCCAAAUGGCAUGGGAAACAGCGGGAAGCACUACUAUUCCAUGUGGCAAACCUUGUUUGAGAUCGAUACGAAGUAUGUGCCUAUCAAGCCCAUCGGAAGAGGAGCUUAUGGCAUUGUAUGCUCAUCCAUAAAUCGAGAGACAAAUGAAAGAGUUGCAAUAAAGAAGAUCAACAAUGCCUUUGAUAAUCGUGUGGAUGCACUUAGAACGUUGCGUGAACUGAAGCUUCUUCGGCAUCUACGUGAUGAAAAUGUCAUUGCUUUGAAGGACAUCAUGAUGCCAGCCAAUAGGAAAAGCUUCAAGGAUGUAUACCUAGUUUAUGAACUCAUGGAUACUGAUCUGCAUCAGAUUAUCAAGUCAUCACAGGCACUUUCUAACGACCAUUGCCAAUAUUUUCUCUUUCAGUUGCUUCGAGGACUGAAGUAUCUUCACUCAGCAAACAUACUCCACAGAGACUUGAAGCCUGGGAACCUACUGGUGAAUGCAAAUUGUGAGCUCAAGAUUUGUGAUUUUGGUUUGGCUCGCACCAGUAAUGGGAAGAACCAAUUCAUGACUGAAUAUGUUGUCACCCGCUGGUAUCGGGCCCCUGAACUGCUCCUUUGCUGUGAUAACUAUGGCACCUCCAUAGAUGUAUGGUCUGUGGGUUGCAUCUUUGCUGAGCUUCUUGGUCGUAAGCCCAUCUUCCCAGGCACCGAGUGCCUCAACCAGCUCAAGCUCAUCAUUAACGUUCUUGGCACCAUGAAUGAUACCGAUAUUGGCUUUAUUGAUAACCCAAAGGCACGCAAAUACAUCAAGACCCUGCCGUACACCCCUGGUAUUCCUCUCGCUAAUCUUUACCCCCAUGCCAAUCCAUUGGCCAUUGACUUGCUGCAGAAGAUGCUUGUUUUUGAUCCAUCUAAAAGGAUCAGUGUCACUGAGGCACUGGAACACCCAUACAUGUCUCCUCUUUAUGAUCCGAGUACCAAUCCUCCAGCUCAAGUCCCCAUCGAUCUUGACAUUGAUGAAGAUCUUGGAGAAGACAUGAUUAGGGAGAUGAUGUGGAAGGAGAUGCUUCAUUACCACCCGGAAGCUGCUUCAGCAAACUCGUAAGAACCUUGGCUUGUUUCUAGAUCCAUACUAGAAGCUUGGUUGGACUGGAUGUCAAUUUUGCUUUUUUUGUUUUACUAUUGUGAGAUAUGCUCUACGGUCUCUCAUCUGUAAAUAUGCUUGUUAUGUAUACGUGCAUUGUGUGGUGUGAAAAACUUCUCUUGUACAAUUUUGAUGUUUGUAUGUCUAAUAUUAUGAUGCAACAGUAAUCACUUUUCAUUCAUAGUAAUAUUUAUCAUUUUUGAGUUUUUUUUU